GCUUGAUUGGCCCGAGGUGGGGACCUGGAAGUUUUAGCCUCUCUGAUCUCGAGGCGGAUUAAUUAGCCCAAGAAACAUUAUAUUCAUGCUUAGGUGGAGAAAAGCAGGGCUAGAAUUGGAACUCAAAGCCCAGAAUGGCAGGAGAGGAUGUGGGGGCUCCACCCGAUCACCUCUGGGUUCACCAAGAGGGUAUCUACCGCGACGAAUACCAGCGCACAUGGGUGGCCGUCGUGGAAGAGGGGACGAGUUUCCUAAGGGCACGGGUCCAGCAAGUUCAGGUUCCCUUAGGUGACGCAGCUAGGCCAAGUCACCUUCUUACCUCCCAGCUACCUCUCAUGUGGCAACUCUACCCCGGGGAACGCUACAUGGAUAACAACUCCCACUUGUGGCAGAUCCAGCAUCAUUUAAUGGUCAGGGGAGUAGAGGAGCUGUUGCUUAAGCUUAUGCCUGAUGAUUAACCUGGUGCUGGAAUUCUAGGAAGAUAUGCUCCUCUGAUCUGUUCAGUAUAUGGCAAUCACUUCAUCCACCACUGCAGUGCACCCACCUGUGGGCCUGGGGGAGGGAGUGGGUUGAAAAACUGCUCAAGAACACAGAAGUUUAGGAAGGGUCAUGAAGAGCACCUCAAGUGGAACUGCAAAGAGAGGGUUACGCAGGCAGAAAGCAAGUCAACAAAGCACUUAGUCAGGAUACGUAACUUGAAAUUGACUCCAUUGGAAGUUGCCAUAGAACCUUUAAUGGACAUCAUCAGCUGGAACUGGGAUCUGAUGAAUCCCACAAAAGUCAGCACCUGCUACAGAACAGAUGAUGUGAUCACCAAGGACUUGUUUUCUGGAUAUGCUGCAGAAGGAUCCGUGCCAGAAACAAGCCUGUGAAAUACAGAAAUGUUUACAAGCCAACAACUUCAGGGACUCUAAGUGUCAGGCUGUCAUCCAAGAACUUCGUAAGUGUUGUGCUCGCUAUCGCAAGGGAAGAUCCCUCGUCUGUUCAGGAUAUGACAAAGAAGAGGUAGAAAAGCUGAAACCGAAGUCCACAUCACAGUAAAGAUCUGCGGAGAAGUUAAAUGCUGCACCAUGUUUCCACCAAGCGAGUUUUGUUUAUCCUCCUAUUCUUCAGGCCAGGUAGCAGCAAAUAUCAAAGGAAAAAGUCAACUAUAAAAGUUAAUAAAUAUGCCUUCUAUGCAGAACAGGUAGAAAUAUAUUAAAUAUGUAGAAUGUAAUAAAACUGACCUGUGAAAAUAAACCUUUUAAGUGAAAAA